CGUAUCAGACCAUAUUCGUAGCCAUUGAGUGGUCAAGAUAGGAUAGGCUACCAUGUUGGCUAUUGUUACUGGAAGGUCGCGUCGUCCACCCGGGGCUUAGUUGGUCACUUGUCACAAGUCGGUUUGGUCCCGCCCUUCCCUUUGACUCUUUAUUGUUGGCGUCCAUCAUCCUAUUGGUUAGUAGCGCUUUAGAAGUAGGGGUGGACGUUGGAGAAGACGCUAUAAAGAUCCCAGAAAAGUUUUAUCCUGUCAUCAAUCUCAAUAAUCUUGAGGCGCUCACUUCAAUUUUUCAUUUCUCAGCAAAUUUUCUAAAGUUCUUCAUCGGAUCAGUUGAAUCUAUUGUGACUCUUUACUUAGAGGAAUUGUGUUCAGUUGAGUUUCAAUUAACUAAGUGUGAUUCUUAACCCGCUGUGGAUUAAAGGUUAAUUGUUCAUUCGUGCACUGAUAUUCAAAAGGAAAAAAAAUGAAAAUUGUUUGCAAAAAUUCCGUUGAAUGCUCUCCAUCAAAGUCUGCUACAGACAAGAAAGGUGCUGGAGAUCACAACCAGGUCGUCGCUGACCUUCCCCUCGACGAUUCUUCUAAGGCUCAGACGCCCAGAGAGACGGUAAAACCAGGCAAGAAACUUGAUCUACCAGCCAAUUCUCGCAGAGAGGUUUCUCAAAAGAAACAGAGAAAAAAUAGAGGUACUAAAGGUUCAGUCCAAGAGGUGGAUAAAAAGUUGGAUGUCACUGUCACAGAGGCAAAAUCAUCUCAAGAUAAAGAAGAUGCCACUAACGCCAAAAAAGAGGAACCAGCCCAGUAUGAAUACUUCGAUUACCGUGUGUACCUCGCGGAAUCAGAUGAGGGGUAUACUGAAGUUGUUAGGAAGCACAAGCCAAGACAUAAUGUAUCAUCGCUGGAUAAAACCUCAUCAAACAAAGAUAGCUCUUCCUCCACUGACACAGAAAAAAGAAAAAAGGAAUCUAGACGGUCCAAAGGCAAAUCUUCUGCCACUAACACUGAUGUUAAAAAAAAGGAAAAUUCUCCCCAGAACAAUGGCAAGUCUUCAACUGCUAACCCUGGCAAUAUGAAAAAGGAACCCACCAGUACUAAAGAAACUGCUAGAAAUUCAAAAAGAUCUGCACCAGGAGCAAGAUCAAAAGCUCAGAGCCACACAGCAAGCACCAGGAUGACUGACUUAUCAACUAGCAGGCCCUCUGCCAAGAAUCCUAAUGUUGAAAAACAUCAGCCGUCUGACAAAAGUAAUAGCUCACAUUCUGACCCAAGCAGUACAGCUAGUACACCAACUUUCCCUAGUGUUUCAAAACCUUUUUUAAAAGGCAUCACAAAAAGCUUUUCAAGUGUAGUUGCUGGUACAAAUGCCUCAAGCACCACCACCAGAUCACGCACUAUAUGGAAUAGUAGUAUUGGCAACACUUCAGCAAAGAAAAUAGCUUCAGUGUCAGACUCAGGUUGGGUAAAAAAUUCAACCCAGAAGCCUUCUCAGCAGUCAUCACGAGGUGUUGUAAAACUGUCAAACCAGUCUCAGCCAGACAAAAAACAACCAGAGAAAAACCAAGAGAUGUACGGCAGACCUUUUGAUGAAAAGGCUACCUAUGAAGAUGAAGAUGUAGGAUUUAUUUUGCAGGAGUCGACUGAUAAAAUCCUCCAUGCCAACUCAUUAGAAAAAAGCACAUCAUCAGAAUCAAGUGUAGAUUUGUUAACAAAUUCAAGCCAUGCUUCCUCCAUUCAGUCACUCUUGGGUGUCAAUGAUGAUGCUUCAACUCAUUCUGAUCUAGAGAAAAAGCAAGAACUAGUCAGCAGCACUUCAGAUGAAAGAGCUAACUCCGAAGACAGUGAUGAUGGAUUGACAAGCCUCCAGUCUCAUUCCAACUCAUCAGAAAAAAUCACCUCUUCUGAGUCUAGUGUAGAUUUGUUAACAAAUUCUAGCCAUGCAUUCUCCAUUCAAUCACUCUUAGGUUUCAAUAAUGAAUCUUCAACUCAGUCAAAUCUAGAGAAAAAGCGAGAACUAGUCAGCAGCUCUUCAGAUGAAAGAGCUAGCUCUGAAGACAGUGAUAUUGGAUGCUCAAGCCUCCAGUCUUAUUCUAACUCAGCAGAAAAAAGCACAUCUUUUGAAUCAAGUGAAAAGUUGAUAACAAAUUCAAGCCCUGCGUUCUCCAUUCAGUCUAAUUUAGAGGAAAAGGAAGAACUAGUCAGCAGCUCUUCAGAUGAAAGAGCUAGCUCUGAAGACAGAGAUAUUGGAUGCAUAAUGUCACCAAACAAUUCCUCUCAACCAGAUGUGAACUGUCACGUGAUAAAUACAUACUCUGAUGAUGCUUGGCAUAAUUUUGUCAACCAAACAGAAGCUUUCUUCCAAUCUCUACAAUCUGAAUUUUAUAGAAAACAAUCAACAUAUCCAGAGUUUAAGAUAGAGCAAGAGCUAGUGAGCAGCUUUUCAGAUGAAAGAGCUACAUCCGAAGACUGUAAUACUGAAUGUACUUGUCUAGAAGCGAUUGGACCAAUUGAUUUGAGUCUCAGGCCACAGUACCAAUCCACUGCUUCAGAACAAUUAUGUAAUCAUAAUUUACAAGACUCCCUGAUAAAGCCACCAAACAAUAAUUUGGUGGUCUCUCUGCCUAAUGAGAUGACCUCUCCAGUGAUGAAUGUUGACAUCAAUGAUGCUUGGGAUGCUCUUGUAAAUCAAACACAAGCUUUCUAUCAAACUGUUGAUGGCCUACAAUCAACCCAUCCUAAGCUUGAGGAAAAUCAAGAUGAAAGAGUUACCUAUGAAGAUAGUGGUGUUGUAUGGACAAGCCAGGGAGCAAUGACAUCAUCUGACAUGAGCCACAAGCCACAUUCCACUUGUUCAGAUCAAUUAGAAAUGCUAUGUAUAUCUAUACAAGACAACCUUUUAAUGUCACCAAACAAUCCCUUGGCCAGCUCUCUACCAGAUGAGAUGACCUCUCCAGUGAUAAAUGCUGACAUUGCUUACACUACGAGGUUCUUUGAAAACCUGCUUCAUCCACAAGAUUUUUGUCGUACACCUGGAAAACAGAGGAACACUACCAUGACUGACAACAGUAGAGAAAAAAAAGCAUUUGGUAACCCAUUUCACGUUCCAGCCUUUGACUCUCCAUUUCCUUAUAGUGACAGAGUGACGAAAAAUUCAUUGAAUCAGAAUACUUUGGCCAGCAGUGUUGGACAGUCAGACAUUUGCCUUAAUCAUUCCAUUGUUUUUGAAAGUCUUCAGCAGGAGCUUGAAGAUGAAAAAGAUUUGCGCCAGGCUGUUGAGAGAGAGGGUUUGACAUCACUUAAAGUGGAAAGAACAAUAUGGCUUGAAAAGCUGAAAAAUGUUGCGCUGAAUAAUAUUAAGAAUCUUGAGGAGUUAGUUAAAAGUGCUGGACAGAAAGAUGACCGUUAUGGUUACUCUCAACUGAAACAGAAAAUAAGAGACUGGACUCUCCACUUAGAAUUUUGUGACCAAGGUUUAAUUGAGGCUACACAAGGGGGACUACAGAUGACAACUUUAGAAAAAUUAAUGGACAGCCUUCAGGUAUCUUCAGCACCAAUCAGUAUUGUUACUGAAGCUCCAAUUAGUCCAGUAUUACUAGAGAGGUACGAAUGCACCGUUAGGGCCAUACAAAAGUCCUUCCCUGGUUACCCAAGGAGAUCCAUCAUUACAAAACUUGAAGUUUUGAAAGCACUCUCUGGUGGAACACUGAAUAUGUUCAGCAACUAUCGCCUCAUCAAAGCUAUAACAAAUUCAAUAAUUCAGGACAGGGUGCAACAGCAAAACCUAGCUUCUAACUACCUUGCUUCAUGCAGAAGAGUUUACUAUACUGCCCCAGGACCAAGAUAUAGUUGUUUAACUUCCAGUAAAAGAAGAUGUAGGACAGCCAGUCGCAGAAGUAGCCAUAAGUCAGUAGGUCAGAAUGAUGAACAAGGUCCAAGUCAAAAAAAUGGCCAAAGGACAACAGGUCAGAAAGAUGAACGAGGCCAAAGUAAAAAUGUUGGCCAAAGUAGAUCAAGUAAAAGAGCUAGAAGAGUCAGAAUGUUUUUUUUAUAAUCUAUCUAUUGGUGCGAUGAAACCAUCCCAAUUGAUCAGUUAAAUAUAAAUUGUGUGUAUUUGUUUUUUUAUGUCUUUCUACUGAGACUUAGGUUUACUAUGAUGAAUGAUUAGUUUUAUUUUAAAUUUAGUAUUUUUUUAUUUUUUUUAUUGAGACAAACUAUCACUUGCUAUUUCUUGUAUUCUUUUCCCUAAACAAAAUAUACCUUUUCUUUUAUCCUAAAUUUCCCAAUAUUUUUUUUUAGCCUCUAAUAGCUACAUUUCUACUUCAGCAGUUUAAAUUAUUCUGGAUUUAAGAUCAUGUAUGCCAGCAUUUUGUUUAUAUUUGUUCUCAGUGAUUUCCCUUAAGUUUAGAAACUGAUCAGGAAGUCAUUGACUGGUUCUAUUUAACUGUCAUUUUCACAGUGUGUCUAUCACACUAUUAGUAUUUGUUUCUUUGUAUUUGUAUCUUAUUCUUUGGCUGAUUGAAACAAUCAUUAUAUUUAUAAUAGCACAGCAUAUCUGAAAAAAAAAUUAAUUCAAGUGUUAUUAGGAUUUUUGGCAUCAUUUAGUUGCAUUCCAGCUAAUUCCAAGAUCUCCCGACAUUUACUUAUAUGCUUCAAAGCUAGAUUUUUGUGUCUUGUAAUAGUUUUGUAACAUUUUUAAAUUAACUUUGAACAUCAGUAUCAAAUGAAAGUUCAAAUCCUUAAAUUUAUCACUUGAUGUAAAUUCAUUGACUUUAAAUAGAUAUGCACUUCGUAUGAUUGAAUUCCUUUUGUGUUUUUUUAAGCAACUAUUCUUUUCUAAAAUUUCCCCCAUUCAACCCUCGUGCAUUGAUGAUUUUUUCUUUGUUUCCUUUUUAC